AUGGCUGACACGAAACUCCCCAAAUUCCAUGGGAAGGUAACCUUACGCACUGACGCUGACUACGAGGCUCAGAGCUAUCAGUAUGCCUCGAGCUCGUACUUGAAACAGGGAACCAUUCACCCGGCGGCCAUUAUAAAGGCAGCAAACGACGACGAUGUGAUCAAAGCCAUCAAGUAUGCGAAAGAAAACAACAUCGCUGUGGCCGUGCGCACAGGAGGCCAUCAAUACAGCGGCGCGUCAUCCACUAAUGGGGAUAACAUUCAGCUCGAUGUAUCCGAGACGUAUCAGGAUUUUGAAUGGGAGGAUGAUGAUUGCACGAUAGUGACACUCGGUAUCAGCAUUGCGUUGGACGAUUUCAAUAAAAACCUCGGGGGAAAGAGACGAUUCGUGCCACAUGGUCAAUGCCAAUACGUCCAUGUGGGUGGACAUGUCCAAACCGGAGGAUACGGUCAGUUGGGCAGAAGUUUCGGCCUUUUCGCAGAUCAUGUCAAAAAAUUCCGCAUCAUCACCGCCGAUGGUGAACCACGUUGGGUUUCCCGCGACGUUGAACAAGAUAAGGAUUUAUUUUAUGCCGUGUUGGGUGGGAGUCCUGGAAACUUUGGGGUGAUUACACAUAUCACGCUGCAAGUUCACAGAGAUGAAGACUAUCCGAAUUCACGCGGUUUCAGAGGCGUAUACCCAUGGGGCCGUCAUCGUCUCCAGGCCUUGUUGGAUAUCAUGGUAGAAAUGGUCGAAGAUGAGAAUUUCCCUGGCGAUUUCGAUUAUUGUGUGACGGUGUUGAGCGAGCCGUUGUCUUCGGCUCUCGAGGGAGAAGUGGAGACAAACUACGACAAGAAGUUUCGUAAACAUGACCCGGUUGUAGUUUGGUGCCCGGUAAUCUUUGUAUUCGUACAAUGGGCCAAUCUGCAAGGAGCUGGGCAAACCUACGACCCAACCUUUGUCCACAAAGUUAAACAUGCCGCUGGGACAGGGUAUGUCGAAGUCAACGACGACAAACACGUACCAAUUUCUCAGUUGACCCGUCACUGGAUUUUCCCAAUCGCACGGGAAUUCGAACUUCCAUACGUCAAGCGUACACACACGUCCAAUUACAGUGGCAAGAAGCUCAAGGCUACCGGGUGGUCAGAUUGGAUUUCCCGUCGAAUCGACGGAAUCGAUCACGGUGUCAGUAUAUCAGCACAAUUCCAGAAUUUUGGUGGCGCCAACUCGCGAUUUUACCGAAACGGAAUCAACAGUCCCACAUCGUUCAGUUGGCGAGACACGACCAUUAGCUACACGCUGGAUGCAUUCUACAACCACGAUCACCAACACGAGAGGGCGAUAAAGUGGCAGCAAGGAAACGACAAGGCGGUUGGACACCCCGACGCUCCAUUCUGCGAUCAUGAUCGUCGCGUUUUGUGGGGCUCGCACGAUUUGGACUUGAGUGCCAAUCGGGAGUAUUAUUAUGACAAAAACCCGGCAGGAAAGUACGAGCGACUGUGCGAAAUCAAGAAACGGUACGAUCCGACAGGCGUGUUCACUCCAAACAGAUUCUGCAUCGGUCUCCCAGUCCCAGAUCCAGCAGGGGGCCCCAAGCCCCUGGUUUUCCAAAGUGAGGCGGAGACUUCUACGAUUAAUAGAAUCAAGCAUGCCGGUUUGGAGAUCAUAGAGAAAGUAGCCGCCUCUGUAGAAGCGAGCGUAGAAGAUAAAUUCUGGAAAAUGACGUCGAUGAAGCGCGAACACGGCAAGCCUGUUCCUUUGUGGGAUACCUGGAAAGUUGAAUAUGUCGAAUGA